UUAGAACCUUCCGCGGCGACGCACGCCAAUUUCCGAUCGCGUCGCGUACUUUUUCCGGAGAGAGACUCGAGACCUCGAGAGCGCGGCGCGCAUGCGCGCGCGUGGCGUUAACCUCGGUACGUACUCGCGCCGACGGCGGUUUGUACGCGAGAGGCACAGGAGCGCUUCCUCGUGCACAUCCGAGCCGUCGUUGUCUUCCGGCGACGCGCUCGAGUCUAUUGACGAGACGGGGAUCGACGCGGGUGAAAACGGGGCGGCUCUCGCCGAUCGUCAGAUUUCCACCAUGUCGGAGAACAGCGAGCACUCGCCCGACGACACCGAGACGGAGACGAAGGCGAUGGAGGAUCUGCCCAACGAAUCGUGCAAGAGCGAAGCCAAGUUAAUGAUGAACCAGACAGGCGCGGCUCUGCUCGAGGACGAGGAGAUGCCGACGUACAUCAGCGUGUCCAGCACCACGAAGCCGGACGACUCGGACACUGUCAACGCGAAGCAGUCUGAGAAGGAGCUGCGAGAGGCGGAGAGGGACCGUAGCCCGAGCCCUUAUCCCAGCGACGAUCAGGAGGGGGCAAGUAGCAUAUACGUUCUGUCGUCUGGAGAGGAAACCGACCAGCAUCCUUACAACGACGAGGAUGACGAAGAUGGAUAUGGAGAUAGCGAUGACAUGGAAAACCUGGAGCUUGACAAUGAAUUUGACGCGGACCGUCCGAGUAACAUGAAGCAUUUGAUGGAUGAGGAAGACGACGAGGAGGAGGAGGAUGACGAAGACGAGGAGGAUGAUGAGGAUAGUCCUAGGCCGAUGCAUAAUGAUGACGACGGUGUCGAUGACAAUUACGAGAUGGAUUGUUACGAUGGAAGGUCCGAUGAUUUUAUCUUCAACAGGAGAUUAAAGAAUUGCGACAAAGAGAAGAGCCUUUCUCUUCAAGAUUUGAAUACGUACGAGAAUAAUGCGAGUGAAUAUUACAAGAGGAGAUACUCGCACGGUGUAAAACCAAAUUAUGCAAACGUCGGACAGGCCGCGAUGUAUUCUGCGAACCAGAGAAAGCAAUCGGUCAAGUAUCACUAUGUGCAGAGCAAAGUUAAACGCUAUAUCAAGGAAUUAAAGGAACAAAAUAGGCGUUCGGUAGAAAAACCUGCGAAACAGUAUCCGGAAGAUGCGAUUUACCAAGUGAGCAACAUCGAUCGCAACGUGACGGAAAAGGCGAAGCCCGCAGUAACCAAAACAAUCAGAGAUUAUGCCGAGAGAACGAUCAAGGAGUUGGAAAUCGCAGAGGAAUGCGACAAAGUGGCCUACAAUGCUCCGUCGCAAAUAAUAUUAAAUGGACAAGAUAACAAAAGUUGUUUGGAACCAUUACAUGAAGAGUCCGAGCGGGAUCAUGUCCAGAUAAAUAUGCCAUUUGAAUCAAUAGAGAAUGAAAACGCCGACAAGACGCAGAAACAAAAUGGAACGAUUAAACAGCUCAAGUUUAAUUACCCCGACAGGGAGAUUUCACACUUUGAAGAUGCCGCACAACCGCCACUUAUCCAAAAUGGUCAUCAGGAAGUGCCAACGGUACUUUACAAUUUGCGAACCUUGAGUUAUGAAGAGUAUAUGCAAGGCGCCUCUGACUCUAGUCAAAAAACUGAUAAUAGAAAUGAACAUGUUACUGAACAGGAACUUGUUCAACCGGAAACCUACAAUAAUUCAGAGGUAAUGGACAUAUCCACGGAUAACGAAGACACUUGUCCAUUAAGGAUUGAGAAUAUAAAGAGCAUCCAGAUACCGGCGGACCAAGUGAAGAAUAAUGAGCAGACGACUUUUCAGAGAGCAAAUGAGGAGUUUAACAAGACAACUUUGGAUACUUCGGAGGUUACUACGCUGAAAAAGAAAUUGGCACAGAAAAAUGUCAAGUAUAACGGUUUGCUAGAUGCAUAUCAAAAACAGCUUAUGGAAAAUUUAAAGAUGAAACAGGAGUUGGAUGAAUUGAGAAAAUCGUUAGCCAAAUACGAGAAGGAGAAGAAACCUCCGGAACAAAAAGUUGCGUCGGUUCAGACAGACGUUGUCGAGUCUGUAUCUAAUCGGUUUCAAACGGAGUCUACUCAGGUCAAGCAGUCUGACAAUAAGAUAUCAAGUAACAGCGUCGAAGCGACGCUAAGUUCUAUAGAUCAGUGGAGUUCCAGUGCUUGUAACUUAUCAUUGUCCAUGAAACCGCCGGAAGUAGCGAAAGCGUUACACUCUGACGACAGUGUAAUACUGACUGACGGUACGCCGGGCAGAACGGCACGUUCGCUGUCACGAGCAUUUAUCACUUCGUCCCGAAUCUUGCAAACUCUUUCAAAUAUUACGCAGGGAAAAACCAAGGCAGAAAGUCCGUUGACGCAAAAUUCCAAGAAAAGAUUAAGUGAAGAUGUAACGAUGGAAAGUGACGAGAGUAGUCCUCAACCUUCCAACUCUAAGAAAAGAAAACUUGCAGAUGUUCUCGGGCCAUCUACUUUUCUACAUCUACAAUCCUUUAAUGCUUCCCAGACUGCCGCAGAAUCACAGCCAAAGUUAAAUGAUAACGCAGGAUUUAAAGAUGACUCGAUGAGGAACAAUGUGGAUUUGCAAGCACAUUCAUCUAAUGCUAAUACGAGUCAAUUAGGCGCCACCGCCUCUACGAUGGAAAGCAAGACCGACGUCACCGAUGACCCAGAGGAUAAUGUUAAAUACUUCUUGUAUCGCGAAAACGAAAACAGCAAAGAUCGUAGUUUUCUCAUUCAAACGGAACCUGACAAGGCAGCUAUUAAUGAAAAAGGACGCAUUCGAGAAUGCGGCCCAUACUUGCUCGGUAAUGUAGAAGUAAGAAUGUCCGAAAUAAAUGGAACGAUCAACAUCUGGGGUAAAGAGAUUAGUCAAGAAUCGACUGCUGAGACUGAAACAGAAAUGUCUACUAAAGUGAAUGAUAAAAAUUAUCACUGCUGGCAAAAGGCACCGCACACCAGAUUCAACGGCAGUAAUUUAAUAUGUUCGACAAGCAAGAAGUCAAAGAGUCCUCCUAAAUUUCAACUAUCUUCGGCUACAUCCAAUUUUUCAUAUCUGCAUUCGCCGUCGCUUAACGUACCAAGGGCAUCAUGUUCUACAGAUAAACUGCAUAGUCCAGGCGCGUGUGUUUCCUCUUACGAAGACUGUGAUCUCUCGAGACAUCGUAAAGACUGGUUAAGACACAAACGAAUACAUUCCCACUGCAUUCAUAAUGCAAGCAUGUCGGAACAAAAGUGCAAUUGUUCCUUGCGCAAGGAAAAACAAAAGUUCGAAGGUAGUUUUAAUCAUAGCAAAGAAAGAUUCAAUACCCAGGAACAUCGACCAAGUUUUUCCAAGAGCUUAGAGCCUAACAAGCAUUUAUAUGAAAAACUCGCCUCAGAAGACAAUGAGUACACCUGUAGAAAUUGCACGCGUCAUUCGCUGCACAAUCCAGACAAUUGUCAAGAGAAUUAUAAAUGUUGCGUGAGAGAAAAAGAAGCGUGUCAGCCAAUGAACAUAGAUCGAGAAUAUAAUGAAUCGUGUAAUCACGCGUCUUCUAAUGUCGGACAUGAAGAAGAACCGUUACUAACGCUAAAACAAUGUAAUGAAACACUAGAGACAAGACGACGAAGGUCAACUGGGAAAAGGGUACGAGGAAUUUUAAUGGAUCUUAUACGAGGGUGCGGAGAUUGCUAUAAUCCUAACGUAUCCAGUAAUAGCAAAAGCUGUAUGCAUAAGAAGGAAUCUAAUUUAAAGAGUUGUUCUCCACAAGUUAAAAUUUCGCCGUGCGCAUCUCCAGAACCAUCCUGUUCCAAUUUAGGACAACCUGGAAGAUGUUGCCAUGCUUGCGCGCAGCGAAUUGAAUCUCAACUGGAAGAGUUUCGAAUGGAAAUGGAAAGGAUGCGCUCGCGCUCGGAUGCUAUUCUUAAUAUGCUCAAUAUGCUUCAUUCAGUGGACGCAAACUAAAGGAAUCCAUCUCAAUACUAAUUUUUCUCAUAUGUACAUAUAUCAUUUUCUCUUUUUUUUUCCUAACCACUAUAGAAACGCGUAUGCCUCAUCCUACUUUAUUGCUUAUAAAAAAAGGUAUAGUCGAUUUGUUAAAUAAAAUAUAUAUAUAUAAUAUAUAAGGAAAGAGAUAUGUUUACAUCCAAUAUAUGCAUAUCUAACAGUGAUACAUGCCACUUCUUUUUGUUAAAGUUUCUGAUAAGGUAGCGCCGUGUAUCUAUACAUUCAUAAUAUAUUUUCUAUGUGAAGAAAGUCUGUCAGAUAAGUAUUACAAUUAUCCCAGAUAGCACAA